GGGUGGCGGUGGUGACGCCGACUUUGCAGGUGAAGAAUUAAAAGCCGAUAACGACGAUUUCGGUGGUAGCAACGAUUUCGCGGGAGGAGAUGACUUCCCAGGAGGUGACAAUGAAUUCGGUGCGCCACAGGGACAGUCCAGUGACAACGACUUCUUCCAACAGGACAGUUCGGAACAAACCAAUGACUUUGGAGACAACGACGGGGGCUUUGGGGACGGGUUCGGUGAUGAUAUGGGAGGUGAUAUGCCACCCCCUCCGCCCGAGAAUGUCGAUCCCUACGGCGCAUUGGCUGAGGUUGACAAUACAAUGGAUAGCGAUAGCACGGCCCUUAGGGAAUGGCGCGCGGCCAGAGACGAAUGCUUGGCUGAAGUAGACGCCAAAUCAGCUGAGAAGGAGGAGGAAAUGAGCAACAAGGCGAAAGAAGACCUCGAGGCAUUCUACAACAACUACGAUGAACAGAAGAGCAAGUCUGCAGCGACAAACCGGGAGGCCGAAAACGACUUCUUGCAGGCGCGUGAUUCCAAACCCACGGAUAAGGACUGGGAGACAGUGUGUGAACUAGUUGACUUCAACCCCAAGACACAGAGAUCUGCCAAAGAUACUGGACGUAUGCGCCAGAUUCUACUGCAGCUGAAGCAGACUCCACUAGUACGAUGAAUACUCUAUAGUGAUAUGUACUGUAGCGCGUUAAGUCCAUGGGUAGUGGGGGUACUUUUUCAGGAAAAUGCUGUGCUGUACUAAAACGUUAUAGACACACCUGAAUAUGGCACACACUUCGUAAGCUGCUUGUAACUGGGCGCUGAGUGUCGAUUUGGGCAUCCCACAUGCGUGCUCCGAAAUAUUAUAAAACAAGAUCCACACCGUGAGCGGCUGAGAUAUACCUCUUGAA